AUGUUUCUGCGAAGUUCUGCCACAUCUCCGUUUAUCCCCAAAUUGUCGAUCUUUAAGGUACUGUUCAUAUCAACGAUCCCGGAAUCUAUUCCCAAUGAUUACUCUCAUUUCAUCUCCAUUCUCGGAGCCUGCAAGACGACGGACCAAUUCAAGCAACUACAUUCUCAAAGCAUCACGGCAGGUCUAGAACCAAACCCAACAAUCCAAAAGAAGCUUUUGAUUUUCUGGUGUACUCGAUUAAGUGGCAACAUGGGUUACGCCUGCAAGUUGUUUGUGAAAAUACCUGAACCAGACGUGGUCAUGUGGAACAAUAUGAUCAAAGGUUGGUCAAGAGCCGAUUGUGACAGAGAAGGAGUUGGAUUGUAUUUGAACAUGUUGAAGGAAGGUGUGAUCCCGGAUAGCCACACGUUUCCGUUUUUGCUGAACGGUCUUAACCGGGAUGGAGCGUUGGGCUAUGGUAAGAAGCUGCAUUGCCAUGUUGAGAAAUUCGGAUUAGGUUGUAACCUUUAUGUGCAGAAUGCUCUUGUUCAAAUGUACUCUUUGUGUGGACUGAUGGAUAUGGCUCGUGGGGUUUUCGACAGGAGAUGUAGAGAGGAUGUGUUUUCUUGGAACUUGAUGAUCUCUGGGUAUAAUAGGAUGAAAAAGUAUGAAGAAAGCGUGAAACUUUUCGCCGAGAUGGAGAGAAAAUUUGUUUUCCCAACUUCUGUUACUUUACUUCUUGUUCUCUCUGCUUGUUCUAAGGUAAGGGAUAAAGAUCUCUGUAGGAGGGUUCAUGUGUAUGUGAAGGAACCUAGUUUGAAGCUGGAGAAUGCUUUGGUUAAUGCAUAUGCUGCGUGCGGGGAAAUGGAUGUAGCAGUAAGGAUUUUCAGGAGUAUGAAGACGAGGGAUGUGAUUUCUUGGACAUCAAUCGUGAAAGGGUUUGUGGAGAUAGGGAAUCUAGAGCUGGCAAGGACAUAUUUUGAUGAGAUGCCAGUGAGAGACAGAAUCUCGUGGACUAUUAUGAUCGACGGUUACCUAAGAGCUGAUUGCUUUAACGAAUCUCUGGAGCUUUUCCGUGAGAUGCAAAAUGCAGGCAUGGUACCUGAUGAAUUCACCAUGGUUAGUGUUCUCACGGCUUGUGCUCAUCUAGGUGCGUUGGAGAUAGGUGAAUGGGUUAAGACGUAUAUAGACAAGAACAAGAACAAGAUCAAGAACGAUGUUGUUGUAGGGAAUGCUUUGAUCGAUAUGUAUUUCAAAUGCGGGUGUGCUGAGAAAGCAGAGAAGGUUUUCCAUGGAAUGUGUCAGAGAGAUAAAUUCACAUGGACAUCUAUGGUUGUUGGUCUUGCUAACAAUGGACAAGGUCAAGAGGCUGUUAAAGUUUUCUUCCAAAUGCAGGACAUGUCGAUACAGCCAGAUGAGAUUACGUACCUCGGUGUACUCUCUGCUUGUAACCAUAGUGGAAUGGUAGACCAAGGGAGGAAUUUUUUCGCAGAGAUGAGAAGCGACUGUAGGAUUGAGCCGAGUUUAGCACAUUAUGGAUGUAUGGUUGACCUGCUUGGUCGAGCUGGGCUGGUCAAGGAGGCUUAUGAGAUUGUUAAGAACAUGCCGAUGAAUCCAAACUCGAUUGUGUGGGGAGCUUUACUUGGUGCUUGCAGACUUCAUAAUGAUGAACAAUUGGCUGAACUCUCAGCUAGGAAGAUUCUGGAGUUGGAACCUGAUAAUGGGGCUGUUUACUCUCUGUUAUGCAAUAUAUACGCAGCUUGUGAAAGAUGGGAGGAUUUGCGAGAAGUGAGAAGAAAGAUGACGGAGAUAGCAACCAAGAAGACACCAGGGUGUAGUUUGAUUGAGGUAAAAGGUGUUGCUCACGAGUUUGUUUCUGGAGACAAAUCACAUCUUCAAUCAGAAGAGAUUUAUGUGAAACUUGAAGAAAUGGCUCAAGAGUUGACAUUUGCAGGGUGCUUGCCUUGUACUCCCGAAUUAUUGUUGGAGGCUGGGUAA